CAGUAAAAAGAGUUAGUAUCAUUUCUAUAAAACUACAUACAAUCGUAACAAAAUCAUCAGUCAACAACUAAAGUUGUUUAAAAAAUAUUCAAAGAAAUUUUUCCUGUAACAAAACAUAAAACAAAACUAUAAACAAAAUGCCUUGCCCCUGUGGAAAUGGUUGCCAAUGCACUUCUCAAACCCAAACUGGUAAUUGCACUUGCAAAUGCCCCUGUGGAACUGGUUGCCAAUGUACUUCCCAAAAUCAAGCCGCCAAUUGCAACUGCAAAAACGCUUGUCCCUGUGGAACUGGUUGCAAAUGCUCUUCCCAAAACCAAACUGGUAAUUGCGGUUGCGGUAGCUCAUGCAAAUGCGGAUCCAGCCAGUAAAAUAGUUUUAUAGGCCAAAUAGUAUUUAGUUAAGAUUUUAGUUUUAUAAUAAUUAAUUUAAGUAAUAUUUAUUUAUUUGGCUUUGAACUUUAUGGCCAAAAAAUUUAAAUAAACAAAAAAAAUAAAAAAACUAAAACAGUGGUU